GAAACUUUCGCAACAUGAUCAACGUGCAAGAAGUCGAAGCCAAGGUGACGGCGCUGGAAGGUCGAUUGGGUGCUGUGGAAAGCUCCAUUGGUGGCGCCGUCGGCGGCAGCAGCAGCGACGACCUCGUGGCGUUGCAGAAGCAGCUGCUCGUAAGUUUGCGCGGCGUGCGCUCAGCAUUGCGGGACGAGGACAAGGCCCGUGCCGCUUCGCAGUCCACCUCCGCGAGCCAUGAAGCAUUGCUGGAAGAGAACGCUGCGCUCAAGAAGCAAGUAGCCAAGCUCAACUACCGCAUCGAGCACUUGUUGCGCCAUGUCCCUCAACCUGAAUAGACAACACGAACCCGUACAUUCAUUUCGUGUUAAUACCGCGAACCGUCUCGUCUGGA